AUGCUCUCCCACCGUGUUCUGCUCGCUGGGAAGCUCGUCGUAUAUUUUCUAUGGAGUGUAGCUAGUGCCUCUGCUCUCGCAAAUUCGCCUCAACAUGCAAGAAGUAGUGUUAUUGAUACCUGCCAGAGUAUAGCAGCAGCAGUGUCUUCCGCCUCCAGUGUUUUUUAUCCUGGUUUGCUUUCCUUCGACUACGACAAGGAUGUUUAUCACUGGGCGUCCUCUAGUUCUCAAGCUUCUACUUGCUCAUUUGAACCUGGGACGGCUGAAGAUGUCGCAAUAGCGCUGCAAAUCUUGGGAAACACAAGCACACAAUUCGCGGUCAAAGGUGGCGGACACGCUUCAAAUCCUGGAUUUUCUUCCACAACAGGAGUGCAGAUUGCCCUGUACCGUUUUUCUGAGGUUGCUUAUGACUCUACAGCACAGACAGCUACAAUUGGAGCUGGUUUAGUUUGGGAUGACGUUUACGCCGCUCUUGAGCCAUACAGUGUAAAUGUUGUGGGUGGCAGGGUUACGGGUGUAGGAGUUGCAGGAUUUACCUUGGGUGGAGGAUAUUCGUGGAAGACUAAUCAAUAUGGUCUGACUAUUGACACAGUCGAAGCGUUUGAGCUCGUCAUGCCUAAUGGAACGGUAACCAACGUGACUGAAGCAUCAAGUCCCGAUCUGUUCUUUGGCUUAAAAGGGGGCUAUAACAACUUCGGCAUAGUUACCAGGUUCACUUUGAGAGUGUUCCCGCAGACGGAAGUCUGGGGGGGAUUGAUCACUUUCACUGCGAACACUCUCGAUCUCGUCAACGCCGCCACUGCAAACUUCGUUGCUAACAACACCGACCCUAAGGCUGCUAUCAUUACAACCUACAACUUUCUUUUAGGCGAGCCUGGUGUGUCUCAAAUAUUAUUUUAUGAUUACCCAACACCACCCUCUGGAUUAUUCGACGAAUUUUUGGCCAUUCCUUACUUUACCAGUGAUAUAUCUACUAGAUCUUUUGCCUCUCUCGUACAAUCAUCACCGUCAAAUGCUACUGCGCAGUUCCGUGGCAUCUUCAACACUAUCUCUGUUUUGGACUAUCCACUUGCCCUUGUCCAAGCCAUUUUGAAUGAAACAAUCUAUUACGGUACAAAUCUCAUCCUUGACUCGACUUUCUUCAUUUCCUACGACGUCGAGUCUUUCUUACCUACGCUCUUUACUCACAAUUCCACUCCAUCUGCGUAUCCUCCCUCACGGGCGCAAGGGCUUUUACCUCUCAACAUCUACUACGCAUGGUCUUUCCCUGUGGCAGAUGAUGUCAUGCAAAACGCAAUUAGGCAAACUGCUUCGACCCUCCGCAACAAGGCAGUUUCUUUGGGUCAAGACGUAGCAGAUGCAGCCCCGUACAGCAACUAUGCCAUCUAUGACACACCCUUGGAGAGUCUUUAUGGCGAUAACCUCCCGCUGUUACAGCGUCUCAAAGCUGAGGUCGAUCCUCAAAAUGUCAUGGGUCUUGCAGGUGGUUUCAAGUUCUGAAACAACAUUUCUUUUAUGUUUGAGGAUUUGUUAAAUACGGUACAAUCUAAACCUUCGAAUAUUACAUGUUUUGAUGUUGUCCAUGUAUAUGCAACGAUCAUUAUAUGAUACAUAAUUUAUCUUCUUUAUUCAGGUGCGUUCCUUUGGAUAGGGAUACAAUACCACGUCAAGGCCGGGGAGAUGGACCACUAUCUUCUGGUGAGAAGGGGUGAUUUCUAAGCCUUCAGGAAUAUAAAUAAUCUGGUGGUCCGUAUUGGGACUCGGGUUCGAAUGAUGUGCGUAAAUCUCGACCCUUUGAGGACCAUUGGAUGGAGGCUGGGUGGCAGUUCUGUUGUCCAUCUGCUCUCGAGCGAAUGCGUGCGACUGUACAUGAUUGAAAGGGUUGGGCGAGGGCUGCCUCGAGGCAUUGCUGCGUGGCACUGUCAUGCUGGGACUAGAUUUACGAUAAGUGCGGCAGUUGGACCGUACGUGUUCGUUGAAAUCGGAUCGAGAAACAGUCGAUUGGCAGGUAAUGCAAACAAUAUCGGCCAUCUCAGCAGAAAAGUCGUGUGGCGAUUGGCAAGAGUACAAUCUGAUAACAAUAAUAAGGAAACACGGUUAAUUGGAGGACAAUGGAGUGAGUUCUGGUUGGCCUACGCGGGGUAAAGGUUAUCGGAAAAUAAUAUAUUCGAGAGAUUGCAGUCGAGUGACGUGGGAGUGAUUGUUCGAGAUACUAAUAAGAUAGCAGUCUCAUGCAGGAAGGAUGAUAUUUAUACUAUUCGCUGGUAGGUCCACACACGACAAGGCCUCGAACGUUGGAA